GGCAAUAAUCGAGAUGAGGACUGCGAGUCUGCUCUGUGCGGUGUGGCUGUGUACGUUCAAUGUGGCUUCUUCCCUGAAGAUCUGCGCUUUUAAUGUUCAAAGCUUUGGAGAAUCUAAGGCCAACAACAAGAAGGUUAUGGGGAUUCUACUGAAGAUUCUUUCCCGAUGCGACUUGAGUCUCAUUCAGGAAGUCCGUGACUCAAAAGGACGAGCAAUACAAACUUUGGUGAAAGAUCUUAACAGAUUUGACGAAUCCAACUCAUAUUCCUACGUAGAAAGUGAGAGGCUGGGAAGGAAAACCUACAAGGAACAGUACGUCUACAUUUACAGAAACAAUGUGCUGAAAGUGAAGGAGCAGUAUCAGUAUGCUAAAUUAGAGGCGCAGGGCACUAAUGACACAAACGUCUUCUCCAGAGAGCCUUUCAUCGUUCGCUUUCACUCCCCGACCACUCUCACGAAGGAUCUCGUCUUCAUUGGCCAGCACACAAGUCCCAAAAGUGCCAUGAAGGAGAUGGAUGAGUUGUAUAACGUGUUCAAGGAAAUCUACAGAAAGUGGGACACGGAGAAUGUGAUGAUCUUGGGCGACCUGAACGCCGCCUGCGGCUAUGUCACCAUCAAGGGCUGGCGAGCUGUUCGCCUGAGAAGCGACCCAAAAUUUCGGUGGCUGAUCGGAGACGAGCAGGACACGACGGUCCGGGAGAAGACGCACUGCGCGUACGACAGGAUCAUCGUCCAUGGACGUGACAUUAUUUCCACCAUAGUGCCUGGCUCGGCUCAGCCGUUCAAUUUUAAAGAGGCUUUCCACCUGACAGAGGAGGAGGCCCUAGGGGUGAGUGACCAUUUCCCUGUCGAGGUCGACCUGAAGCCAAAGCACCAUUACCUACUGCGCAGUGAGCUGUAGACUGAGAUGUACUUGGAAUCACCCGCACUUUACUUUUACCUAUUAAUUAAUUAAAAACAUUAUUCAAAAUGUGCCUCAAUACCAGCAUUGACUGUAUAUUAUUGGUUAUUGCUUAAUGGUGUGACUUUUGUGCCUCUGCCCUCAAUUCAGCAUUCA